AUGGCUACCCUCUUCCAGUCCUUCCGGAGCUCCAGCAUGCCCAAGAGGCUGCUGCGCUAUGCUCUCGCCCGGCUGGACUUCCUCGAUACCGACGCCCUCGACAUCGAUAACCUCGACUUUGCCCUUGGGAGAAACACAGUUCUUGAGUUUAGAGAUGUUGGCACCAGGCUCAAAAAGCUCGAGAAGAUGCUGCAGCUGCCGGCCACAUUCAGACUGAAACGCGCCAAAGUGCUCCUCUUGCGAGUAACGAUACCCAUGGACUUCUACACGAGCCCCAUCACACUGCAGGUGGAUGGCGUAGACGUGACACUCGAGAUCAUCACAAAGUCGGCCCGUGCACCCGCCCCCGCGACCUCGGAUCUUUCCGCCGACCCGGUUCCCAACACGGUCGAUCUCGCGCAGUCCUUCCUCGAGACGCAGCCAUCAUCCGAGCGCAAGCAAUUAGAAGAUGCCCUCGCCGCGGAAACGCAGGAUCUUGGCGCCUCGGUAUCGGUCAGCGAUGAUGGCAGUGAGGACGACGCAGGCUUUGGCACUGGCCAACCGCUUUCGUUGCCUACAUUCCUCGCCGACUUCUUGCGUGGCGUUGUUGAUCGUAUGCAGGUUACGAUCAAUGGGGUCAACUUUCAGUUGGACAUGGAAGUCCCCGCCGACAUCAACGCCAGCUCCGUUGAGCCCGUCUCAUUUCAGAUUUCCAUCCAAGAUAUCGAUGUCGAAGGAGUCACUACCUCUGCACCGGACCCGGAUGGUAGCUCAAACUCUCCAAUGACGUUUGUUCCGAAAGAAGGAAAGCGGCACAUCAUGUUGGCCGGCGUUCGGGCGUUUCUUAUAUCUGAGGCGAAUGUCUUUCCUAAUCUGACCAGAUCGCCAUCGAUGGCAUCUCCGUCAGUGACCUCCUCGCCUGUUCAGACUCGGAACCCGCCGUCUCGGCAGACUACAUCGCUAUCACAUGGCAGUUUCCAAGAACAGCCUAUGGCAUCACUGCAGGAAAGCUUCCGGGAGCAUUUGUCGGAUCACGAGGAGUCCCCGGAGCCCGAAUAUCCCCUCGGAGACAGCGAGGAAGCUCUUGGUAUCCCGUACGACUUGGAGGACGCCCUGAACGACGAUCCAGAAGAUGACAGCCCCCCGACACCGCGCGCCUCCUUGUUUAAAGAUAGCGCCCCUGUAUUGGAAGAUUCGAUCUUUCACUCAACGCUUCAGCCUGGUGGAGACUCAGUGUUAUCGACCACACGACCCUCGCAGCACGAGGAAGAUUUGCUGACAUUUGGUGAUUCGACGCCCGCGCUUGAUCGACAACCGGCACUGCGGCCGGCUAGCGGAAGCAAUCAGCUCGACAGGUUGGCUGGGAUGUCGGCACCUGCCGACACUGAGAGCACGCCCGGAACGAGCUCCACGGAGGACCUGACUGAAUCCCACUUGUACACGCAUGAUGAAGCAGAAAGCAUGUACCUGAGUGCGUUCUCCAGCGCAGAGUCCCCAGCAUCUACAACAAGGUCGCGAAUGGUGACUUCCACAUCUGGCCCGCCCGAGGAUGAUGUGGACGACUCGUCGCCAGCGCCGCCCGCUGCGCGCUCAACGAUGCCGGGUACCUGGAAUGACGAUAGUGAGGGCUCGCAGCAGUCUGAUCCCGUUCGGAGAACCUCUCGACCACAGCCGAGAACCCGAGCGGAAAGUGCAAUGCACGACUCGGAGAGUGAAGACUCUUCUCCUGCUUUCAGCAGACACUCGAUCGCACCUGAACCGGAUGCCACGGCGAGUGCGUCGGCCCCGGAGGCUCCUCAGCAAGAGGACAUUGCAACGCCGAAGGGACCGACCCGGGUCGCAAAAGAGAUUUUGCAUUUGGAAAGCAUCUCAGUGUAUGUCCCGUCGCACCACCAGCAUAUCCAGGUCCAAGCAACCUCGCCAGAAUCUGUGGCACAACUGUCACGCUCUUUGGGCAGUUCUGUCUUGCCCCAAGCACCAGGCGCGUUCUCGAUUCACGGUGCCGCUCCUACGUCACCAGGCAGUCCACCAGCGCAGUCAACGACGAGUCAGCACUAUAACGCCCUGGAGGUAGCCCUUGCGCCGAUGAGCAUAAACUUCGAUGCUUCCGUUGCAUUUGUGUUGGCAAUGGUCGCUGAAAAGCUGCUGAGCGUUUUGAAGGAUGGGCUUCCUCCGACAACACCUGACUCCAAUCAAGACUCAGCGCCGAAGAAAACACCGGCGGUCAAGCUUACGGCCCAAGAAAUUUCGCUGAAUUUUCUCAACCGACUUGGCGGCGUGGCAGAAACGUCUGAGCGCUAUCUAGAUCCGACCGCAUUCCACUUGUUCGAUCAAGAAGUUCUCCUCAACAUGACGUUGCAAAAACUGGCGGUAAAUGUCUCGCCCGGCCAAGCGUCUCCCGCCCACCCGAGCGGCAAAACCGGCGAUCCAAAGGUUGCCGCACUUACGACGGAGAUUGAGUUGGAGAAGUUUCGCUUUGGCUACACCAAUGGAGAUAUCGUGUCCUUUGACAGCGGCAGGCCAAUGUCCACGUCAGUCAGAGACACAUUUCUAUCGAGUGGCCAAGACGUCAGCAUUCGGAUUAUACAGUCAAACGGUUCAUCAAGGACGGACAUUGAAACCUUGCCAUUGGUCAUUCAGAUCGACCUGCAAAGACUCGACGAGACUUUUGGGUGGUUUGGUGGCCUGAGCAGCUUCCUCAACAUGAGUGCUUCAAUGACUUCCAGUCCUUCGCCGACGAUCAAAUCCACAGCCUUGCCCCCGCCGUCGAAACAACGAGGCGUCCACUUCGAAACGCCUAUUGACCCUGAAGACAGAUCCGUCGCUGCACAAAACAAGGUCAACGUACGGAUCGGUGGCGCCCUGCUCGAGUUGGUGGGUCGAGAUUGCAGCGUGGCCGCAGAGACGCACGCCAUCAAGAUUGUCAGCCGUGACGAAGGCAUCGGCGUUGCCUGCAGUCGGAUACGAGUGUCUGGGCCGUAUCUGCGGAACUCGCUCUCGGACCCGGCCAUCACCGCAGAUAUUUCUGGGAUGCGCCUAGAGUUCCUCAUGGCCCCGAAAGACAGGGACCUGGAGAAGUUGUUGGAACUCAUUAUCCCGUCAAAGGACAAGUUUGAUGACGGUAGUGACGAGAUCAUGGUCGACACGCUCCUGCGCCAGCGCAGGAAGGGCUCGGUGCUUAGAGCAACACUGGAGGUCGUCAAUGUCCGUGUUAAGAACCUGGCUCAGCUCUCACCAGCCUUGCCCAACCUCGGCGAGGAAAUCGCCAAGCUGUCCACGGUCGCAAAAUAUCUUCCGGAAGACGAUCGCCCCGGGCUUCUAACGCUCGGUAGUCUCCACUCUCUGACCUUUGGGGUAGAUGUCGGAAGCACGGUUGGACAUGUUGGAGGGGAGAUCCGCGGCCUCGAGAUUGGGCACAUCACAUUCCCCUCGCUGCUUGCCGUUGCCCUCGAGGGGCUCUCUGUGCGACGCAACAAGAGCGAAGAUCUCAUCAGCUCGCCCAUUUUCGACUCACCCGAAGCACCCGCGAAGAAUGGUCCUGUCGUCAUGGCAAGGGUCAUUGGUGACGAGAUGGAGCCCACCAUCAAGCUGAAACUGCAAGGCUUAAGGGUGGAAUACCGGGUCCCUACCAUCAUGGACAUCCUUGGCCUUGGAGACGACGCUACGCCUCAAGACUUCGAAGCUAGCUUGGCAGCCUCCGUUGCUAGCUUAGGCGAUCAGGCUCAUGCUAGACUUGUUCGACAGCCAGCGUCGCCACCUUCAGAGAAAGCCAAACAAAGCAAAGCCUUGACUCUGGAUAUUGGGAUGCGUGACUGCCUCCUGGGCUUGAACCCGUUGAAUCUUCCGUCUAAGAUGGUCGUGGUUUUCACCGACGCUCACCUGCAAACGACGUUACCGAGGGACGGCCGGACGACAGCGACGAUGUCUAUCAAGAAAGCGUCAGUGCUGUUAACUGAUGAUGUGUCAGAUGCCGCAGCUCGCAGUGCCACUGCCAGACCAAGACGUCGACUGUCCUGGGCAGUGUCUCCCCCGGUUUCUGAACUCUCUGCCCGAGGAUUUGUUGACAUUUGCUACAUUUCGUCUGCAAGUGUCGUCGCCGUCAUCAGACCAAAGCCGGAUGGCAGCGAAGACAAGCAGAUCGAAGUCGUGCUGAGAGAUGACUUGUUGGUCCUAGAGACAUGCGCAGACUCUACGCAGACCCUCAUCACGCUGGCCAAUGCACUGAAGCCGCCGACGCCCCCAAGCAAGGAGAACAAGUUCAGAACGAAGGUUGUCCCGGUACAAGAUUUGCUGGCAUCCAUCUCUGCCGAAGCGUUUGGCCGCCCAGAAGGUGAGUACGACUUUGAUCAAGACUUCGCCGGGGCACAAGAGAUGGCCGGCAGCGUGUCAGAUCUAGACUAUGGUGCGGAGGGGUCCCUCGGCAUCGACUCGCAAUUCUACGGAGAACAGCUCGAAGGCGAGGAAUUAUUUGACGCGACUAAAAGCCCGAGCAUGCUACAUGGCACGAGCAUGCAGGACACGGCUGAAGGUGUUUUGCUGACAGGCUUCGAGCCGUCUCAAAGUUCUACGUCGGAGCAGGAUAGCGACGACCUAGUCAUCCACGACGACUUUUACCAGCGCGAUGAGUCCAGCCAGGAUCACACGGCAAAGGUCUGGAACUCCACCAGGAACACGUACGAUCGUGCGCCGACGAGUCUUGUGCAGAACAGCCCGCUCAAGAUUUCUGUGCGAGAUGUGCACGUCAUCUGGAACCUGUUUGACGGAUACGAUUGGGCGCAUACCCGUGACAUCAUCAGCAAGGCGGUGGAGGAUGUCGAGACCAAAGCGCUUGAGCGCCAGGGUCGACUCACGGGACCUCAGGUGUACGAAGAGGAAAUCGAAGAUGAAGAGGCCAUUGGCGACUUCCUGUUCAACUCGAUCUACAUCGGAAUACCGGCGAACCGUGACCCGCGUGACCUGACGCGCGCGAUCAACGAGGGCCUCAACGACAACGCAACAGAAACGGAGUCUGUGGCCACAACUGCAUUCACGACUACCACGAGCAGAACUGCCAAGCGCCAUCAGCCAAAGUCAAGGCGCCUCAAGUUGCACCGCAGCAAACACCACAAAAUCACAUUCGAGCUACAGGGCGUGAACAUGGACAUGGUCAUGUUUCCUCCCGACGGUAACGAUGAGACGCUGAGCAGCAUCGAUGUCAGAGUCCAGGCGCUCGACAUCUUUGACCAUGUGCCGACGUCGACGUGGAAGAAAUUUGCCACAUAUGACCAGGAUCAAGGGGAACGAGAGAUGGGCACGAGCAUGGUGCACCUAGAGCUCCUCACCGUGAAACCCCUGCCCGAGCUGGCGGCGUCGGAAAUCGUGCUCCGCGCUACCCUUCUUCCUCUUCGGCUGCACGUCGACCAGGACGCCCUCGACUUCAUCACUCGAUUCUUCGAGUUCAAAGAUGAAAAUGUGCCGGUGCACUCGUCUGCCAGCGACGUCCCUUUCCUGCAGCGGGCAGAGGUCAACGACAUUCCUGUCAAGCUGGAUUUCAAGCCCAAGCGGGUGGAUUAUGCCGGCCUGCGGUCCGGCCACACGACCGAGUUCAUGAACUUCAUUGUCCUUGAAGAGUCUCGCAUGGUGUUGCGCCACGUCAUCAUCUACGGCGUGUCGGGCUUCGAUCGGCUGGGCAAGACGCUGAACGACAUUUGGAUGCCCGACGUCCGGAAGAACCAGCUGCCCGGUGUAGUCGCUGGUCUUGCCCCGGUCCGUUCAUUGGUCAAUAUCGGCAGCGGCUUCAAGGACCUCGUUGAGAUACCUCUGCGGGAGUAUCAAAAGGACGGUCGCGUGAUCCGUAGCAUCUCCAAGGGUGCCGCCGCCUUUGCGCGAACGACGGGCACGGAACUGGUAAAGCUGGGCGCCAAGAUCGCCGUGGGCACCCAAUACGCACUACAGGGCGCCGAGGACAUGCUCACGGAGAAGCGGCAGCAGGAAGCUGUGGAGACUGGCUGGGACGACGAGGACUUGGAUCCCGAGGACAAGAAGCAAAUUUCACUGUACGCAGACCAGCCAACAGGCGUGCUACAAGGCAUUAGAGGCGGCUACAGGUCUCUCACCAGAGAUGUCAACUUGGCCAGGGACGCCAUCAUCGCCGUGCCGGGCGAGGUCAUGGAGAGCCAGUCUGCCAGCGGCGUUGCGAGGGCGGUGUGGAAGCGAGCGCCGACCAUCAUCUUCCGGCCAGCCGUCGGAGUGACCAAGGCCAUCGGACAGACUCUCAUGGGGGCGACCAACACCAUUGAUCCCCAGAACAAACGACGCAUUGGCGAGGUGCAAAUACAAGCAUUGAUAGCAUACGACGGCGCGAACCGGUACCACGAAUUGCCAUCCAACUAA